CACAAACUUCCACAACCACAUCCCCUUGCAAAUUUUGGUUGCGCGUUUCAUCACAACAGGACCAACUUUCACUUCUCACCCAUCACCCAUCUAUUUUCCAACAAUCAAGACACUUCUCAAACCUAUCCACUCCAUCAACCCCACAAUGUCAAACCCCACCGUCACACCUGAAGUCCUAUGGGCCCAGCGCUCCUCCAGCAGCGAUGCCACCAAGAACCACGUCUUCCUCACCAUCUCCGCCUCGGACGUGGCCCCGGCCGACCUGAAGCUGGAGAUCACCCCGACGAAACUGACCUUCACGGGCCCCUCCAAGACGAAGAAGGUGACCUACCACGUCGAGCUGGAGUUCUUCGCCGAGAUCGACGAUAAGGAGACGAAGAUCAACCACACGUCGCGGGACGUCGAGCUGGUGCUGCGCAAGAAGGAGCUGAAGGAGGAGUUCUGGCCGCGCUUGUUGAAGGAUACCAAGAAGGUGCACUUCUUGAAGACCGAUUUCAAUAAGUGGGUCGACGAGGACGAGCAAGACGAAGUCGUCGACGACGACUACCUCUCGAAGAUGGGCGGCAUGGGCGGCCCGGGCGGCCCGGAAGGCAUGGAAGGCAUGGGCGGCAUGCCCGGCAUGGGCGGCAUGCCCGGCAUGGGAGGCAUGGGCGGCGGCGAAGGCGGCUUCGGCGGGAUCGACUUCUCGAAACUCGGCGGCGACAUGGGUGGUAUGGACAUGUCCGCGCUGCAAAACAUGGCCGGCAUGGGCGGCAUGGAUAUGUCUGCGCUACAAGGCAUGGCGGGCGCCGGCGGCGCGGAGGGCGAGGACGAGGAUGACGAUAUGCCGGAGCUCGAGGGGGAGACCGCGACGGAGGACAAGAAGAUCGAGGUGGUGGAGUAGAGAUGUCCGGGACGAGAGGAAAUGGCGCAACGAUGGAUUGACGGCCGCAGACAUGAUUCCUCAAGCGAGGGACCGUUAGGGCCCUCGGUUGCCUGGCCUGGCUGGAUGUCAUGAUCUCUGGAACUCGGGUUUAGGCGGAAUGGAUCGUCACAUAUUUAAUAUACCGUACCCGAUGAAACGCUUCCUUUGGCGACGCUGUGGAUGUAGAAAGCAAAAGUACCUUGCUCGUUGACCAUUCAACCGCUCCUUGACCUCUAAUUUCUGUCUUGAACUUUAGUGGUAUUUAAUCAUCCCGAGUGCUCUCUCUCUUUCGCCCUCUAUUUGCGUUCCUCAAUCGUUAUUCCGUACUCAUGGAACGGGAACCC